UUUCUGAGAGUAGAUCAGAUUCAGAUGCGCGCUCUCUCUCGUGCGUUUCCCCGCCGGGUUCAGCAUCUCUGUGCGCACUGUUCAGCGGGAGUGCAGAUGUUUGGCUCCAGAGUAGGGAAGCGUAUUAUGCACUUCAGUCUUCUUCCAGCAGGUGCCUCUAGUGGCCUCCUGCUGUGAACCUGGCACAUUCAAUCUGAAGCUCUCCCUGAAGCUCGCUGGGGCCUGAAGCAUCAUCUGAAGGCCGCAAACGUUGGUCAGUGACAGCCAAGAGAGAUGAAAACAUGCAUGGUGUUUGUAGCAGCUCUGUUGCUGCCACACAUCCAAGCAGUGUGUCCAGAUAAGGAGCCAGGACUGCAGCCAUGGAUGCCGGGACACAGUGAAGACCACCGUGUCACAAUCGGCUAUGGCAGGAAGGUCCUUCUCACAGCUUCUGCUACCAUACACUCCCUGGUGAUUCUCAAUGGAGGAAAGCUGGUGAUCGCUGAUACCAACAGGCCGAUAUUGCUUCGAACCAAACACAUACUGAUUGGGGACGGAGGGGAACUGCACAUUGGAAGCCCGGACUGUCCGUAUAAGGGCAACUUCACAAUCUCCCUGUUUGGAAGAUUGGACGAGAAUGAUGAAGAACACAGCUACUUUGGGAGGAAGUACGUCGGUGUUGGGACUGGAGGGACACUAGAGAUCCACGGAAAAAAGAAGCUAUCAUGGACGACCCUCAACAAGACGAUACACCCAGGAGAGAUGAACCAAAACAAUUACCUGUUCCAGAGGAGCUGGGGGAACAGAGGCAUCAUUAUCCAUGUCAUCAGCCCAAAGACCGGAGAGGUGCUGCAUGUGGACAGGUUUGACACAUACCGCAGUAAGGACGAGAGUCGGCGUCUUGCAAAGUUUGUAAAUGGUCUGGAGUUGGGACUCGUACUGGCCAUGGUGGUCAAUGAUGAGGGCUCCAACAACCUGGAGGAUUCAGCCAAGAAGAGCCUCUUCAGGCUGGGAAGCCGGCAUAUCAGGAGUCUGGGGUUUAGACAUCCCUGGACUUUUAUAGUGAAGAAAGGAAAUGCUUCCAGUGUUGUGGAGGAUCUUGCUCUCUAUCAGGGAACCAAGGCCUCUUCAGAAGCCCGGAGCUCCUGUGUUAUUCAUUCAAGUUAUGGGGAGGAUUUUACCAUUACUGCCAGCAGCCAGUGGGUUCAAGAGGCGGAGUGGACAGAGUGGUUUGACAGGGAUGACGAGAGGGGAUCUGGUGACUGGGAGAAACUGUCUGACCUGCACAAGGCUUAUCCAGACCAACUGUGUAGUGCUCCAAUCGACAUCCAGGCUGAAACCCAUGAUGGCACCCCAGCCAGCCAGACCGGAGACGUGAUCCACAAGAAUGAUAAGGACUAUGGCUUUGUCUGCCUCAACAAAGACCAGGCUCAUGGCCUCUGUCAAAACUACAGGGUUCGCUUUCUCUGUGGAAAACUAGUUCGUCCACAGGCGUCCAUUUCCAUUGAUAUAUCAACUAACAGCACUGUCCUGGAGCUUGCUGACCAACCAGAGGGCUGGGGGCCCAUGGAUCGAGUGGUGGUGUCGAGCACUGACUACUCCAUGCAUGAAGCUGAAGAGUUUACCUUGUUACCUUGCUCUACCUGCACGCCUAACCAGGUCAAGGUUCAAGGGAAGCCUAAAUUCAUUCACAUAGGUGAGGAGGUGGAUGGAGUGGACAUGCGGGCGGAGGUGGGCGUACUGAGUCGUAACAUCCUGAUUCAUGGCGAGAUGCAGCCCGGUUGCUAUGGCAAUGAAGCCUGCAAAUUCUUCAGCUUUGACACUUUCGGAGGACAUCUGAAGGUGGAGCGAGGCUUCAGGGCAGUUCAUAUUUCUGGUGUGGAAAUGCAGCACAUGGGCCAGCAGUCGAUGGGACACUAUCCGGUCCAUUUCCACAUGAAUGGCGAUGUAGAUGAAAGAGGAGGCUACGACCCCCCUACCUUCGUCAGUGAUUUAUCCAUCCACCACUCCUUUUCUCGCUGUGUGACCAUCCAUGGCUCCAAUGGACUGCUGGUAAAGGAUGUGGUGGGGUACGACACCCUUGGCCACUGUUUCUUCACAGAGGACGGUGCAGAAGAGAGGAACACCUUUGACCACUGUCUGGGUCUGAUGGUGCGUGCUGGGACCUUGCUGCCGUCAGACAGAGACAGCAAAAUGUGCCGUGACAUAACUGAGGGAGCGUACCCAGGAUAUGUGCCCAACCCACGCCAGGACUGCAGUGCAACUUCAACUUUCUGGAUCGCCAACCCCAAUAACAACCUCAUCAACUGUGCUGCUGCAGGCUCAGAGGAAACAGGUUUCUGGUUCAUCUUCCACCACGUUCCUACAGGCCCCUCAGAGGGCCUCUACUCUCCAGGACACACUGAACACACACCCAUGGGCCAGUUCACCAACAACAGAGCCCACUCCAACUACAGGGCAGGUAUGAUCCUGGAUAAUGGGGUUAAGACUACACUGGCCAACGACAAGGACAAGAGACCCUUCCUGUCUUUAAUUGGAGCAAGGUAUGGUCCCCACCAGGAUGCUGACCCCUUCAAACCCAGAGUCCCUGCCCUGAUCCACCACUUUGUGGCCUUCAAGAACCAGGACCAUGGAGCCUGGCUGAGAGGAGGGGAUGUCUGGCUGGAUGACUGCCAAUUUGCUGAUAAUGGCAUCGGACUCACUCUUGCAAGUGGAGGGACCUUUCCAGAUGACGACGGCUCUCAUCAGCAGGUGAUGAACUCUUUGUUUGUUGGAGAAAGUGAAAAUCGUGGGAUGCUCCUCCCUGAAAACGGCAUCUGGGGACCUGGAGGUUCUGACCUCAACGGCAGAACUCUGCCACGUGGCAUAGAUUUUCCUAUCCGAGGCAUGCAGAUCUACGACGGGCCUAUCAACGUUCAGAACUGCACAUUCAGGAAAUACACAGCGCUGGAUGGACGACACACCAGUGCCUUUGGCUUCAGGCUCAACAACUCCUGGCAGAGCUGCCCGAACAAUAACGUCACUAAUAUCACUUUUGAAGACGUUCCUAUUACAUCCAGGGUGUUUUUCGGGGAGCCAGGUCCCUGGUUUAAUAAGAUGGAGAUGGACGGGGACAAAACAACCGUCUUCCAUGACCUGGAUGGCUCAGUCAGUGAAUACCCCGGAGCCUUCCUGGUCAAGGAGGACAAUUGGCUUCUCCGUCAUCCUGACUGCAUCGACGUGCCAGAUUGGAGGGCUGCUAUUUGCAGUGGACACUAUGCACAGAUCUACGUCCAGAUACGUAACCCUGCUUACCUGGACAUGCACAUUGUGAGAAACGAGUACCCUGAUCGGCCCCUCACACUGGAGGGCGCUCUGGGAAAGAGGAAACACUACCAGCAGUUCCAGCCAGUUAUUACAUUGUCCAAAGGAUACACUAUCCACUGGGAUCAGGUGGCGCCAGGCGAGGUCACCAUCUGGCUCAUCAACUUUAACAAGCAUGAUUGGAUCAACGUUGGCAUCUGCUACCCUAAAGGCUCCACUUUCACCGUCAUCUCUGACAUCCACAACCGCCUGACCAAACAGACCCGCAAGACCGGGGUUUUCACACAUACAUCACAGAGGGAGAAGAUCAACCACAACCACCAGGCCAGAGGAUACUACUUCUGGGAGGAAGACUCUGGCCUGCUGUUCCUGAAGGUGAGAGCUCAUAACGACAGGGAUCAGUACGCCUUCUGCUCAGAGAAGGGCUGUGAGAGGGUGAAGAUCACAGCGGUCAUCCCUAAAGGCAGUCCGCCCAGCAACUGCAUGGCCAAGGCCUACCCUAAACAUGCUGAGUUGCCCUUGGUGGACGUACCCAUGCCCAGAAAGACUCCUAAUGCCAUGCUGCACUCUCCACAACACUUCCUGGAAAUCAAGCUGGAGUCGUAUAACACUCGCUUCUUCCACAUCAAAGAGGACUUUGCCUUUGCAGAGGUGAAUGGGCAGAAGUUGUACCAACCAGAGGAUGGGGUGCAGCUGACAGUUAUUGACGGGCAUGAUGGAAAGGUGUUGGAGAGCAAAGGCUUCAGGAACUCCAUCCUGCAGGGCAUCCCUGCACAGAUUGACAACUAUGUCAGUGGACUGAGAGACGGUUCCAUCGUCCUCCUCACGUCUAAGGGCCGUCUGGUCACCAGGGGACCCUGGACUAAAGUUUUGGAGAGGCUUGGAGCAGACAAAAGCUUCAAGCUGAAAGAUAAACUGGCAUUUGUGGGCUUUAAGAGCACCUUUAGCCCUGACUGGGUCCACCUGGAGGUGGAUGCUGACCGAGCCAAGAUCCAUCAAGUCCUGCCUGUCCCUGUGGUUCACAAGUUGAAGCUUUGAGUGACAGGUUCACCAGGAGGACAUCCAAAAGACUAUUUGGCUCCUUGUACAGACUGGAACCGCCCCCCCAAACCACACCAUCCCCACCACCAAAAGCACAUGCACACACACACACACACACACACACACACACACACACACACACACACACACACACACACACACACACACACACACACACACACACACACAUUUUGAGUACACUGCCUGCACUGCUGAGUCAGCUGCUCUGUACCAUGGGUCCAGGAUCAACCUUUUGUUUAACCCUUUAGGUUUAUUAGUGAGAUAUAACCAGUGAUCUUCACUGCCCUUGAAGGAGGGAAAACCCUCCUGCAGAACCAAUGUGGUGUGCAGAAAUGUCACCUCAGACAUGAGCAGAGAGGAUUGUCCCAUCUGUCCUGUGUUUUUAAGUCUUUAUUUUGUAAAUAUAGUUUUAGAUGGUAAGCUAAAGUAAAUGGUACAGAGGUGAAAUGUUGGGGGAACAACAGAGGCUAAAGAGCAUCUGUGUAUGUGGUGAGGCCGAGAAGGUGGGAGAGAGCAUGUGUGUGUGUCUGUGUGUGUGUGAAACUUGCACUGUUUGUUUACACAUUAUCCUUCUUUCCCUUAUUGUGUGAAUUCACACACUGGGACACCAAUAUGACAGUACUGGUUGGUUCAGUGUAGAAACACAUGGGUGGCAUGAUGGUUUAGCUUUGUCACAGUGCUGUUGUGUAAAAAGGGCUUUUGAUAGUAAUGUAGGCUUCAGUAAAUCAUUUAAAGGAGCUGUAUUCAAAGUGACCCACUAAAGUCCAACAUGUUCUGUCCUCAAAGGAAUUUUGGUGUUGGUUUACCUCGAAUCACGUCAGCAAACUCUUUGGUCUUAGAGACUGAAUGUCCCAAAUUUCUCCUCUGGGGAUUAACAAAAGACCCCAACAGGCACAUGAUGCUGUUUGAUUUUACAGUUACCAAAAGUAGUAGGUCUACCAAAGUAGGGUCAGGGUUAGUUCAACCAGAAAUGAGGUUGCACAUGACUCUAACUCAUGUCCCAUAAUUAUAAAAAUCACAUUCAAAGACUCUGUUUUUGCAGAAAACUGAUGGCACCCACAUUAAGAGGGUCAAGCCAUAAACGAAAAACUAAACAGGCUGCAGGAUUAACAUUACGGCCUAAAACAAGCACAUAAAGUGAGUGACCAUCCUCCUAGCUCCUGAAACAGUAGUGACCCAUAUAGCCUACUGUGUCAUCUGUAGCUGUUGAUUAUAUGUUUGGUCUAGGUGAGGCCCGUCUGGUUAAAGCAUUUCUUUAAGUUCAGCUUUUAAAUUCAAAAGAAUUCAAAAACAGGCUGAGCCUCACCUGUGGGAAGUUUUCAUCUCUGUUUGGUCCUGUUGGUUUGAUCGCUCUCACAGCAGCUCACAACACCAAGCAUCAUCAAACAGGCAGUUAGUUUGAACCGUCAGCCUCCUGUAGUUGUUUAUUUUCACUCGACUUCCUCCGCUGGCAUUGAGGAGAACACAGCAGUGUUUAACAACACACUGUGUUCACUGUGACCUCCAUGAUAUCAGUCGCUGCCUCCAGGUGAGUCACACCAAUGAAGAGAGAAAGGUGAGCCCCAUGUGUACCUUGGGCUCUGUGGAUUGUCACAGCUUUAAUGAGUGCGUUUACCUUGUUGUUUUUCUCAGCUGUGAUGGAGACAAACAGAAACAUUCCUUUUUUGCAUCCAGACUUGUUGUUGUUGACAUUUGAUAUUGUAAUGUUGCUCUCAUAUUUCUUUUCUCGUCAGUGUUUGUAAGCCAGUCGUCAGUGUUUCAUGGGAUAUUAAGCGAGAAGCCUUUAUUAACAAUGUAAGAUAUUAAAUCAAGAUAAAGUGUCCACUGUUAAUGUUCAAUCAGGGAAUUUUUAAAUGUGCAAUUUCCCAACCUAAAAAAAGAUGGACUAAUCUUCAGUUUGAAAGACGAAGGUUUCCUUCUGCCGAAAUAGCUGGUCUUUUUUCGGAAGUUGUAGCAGUGAUCGUUGUUUUGUAUGUUUAAAUUUGUUUUUAAAAUCCAAAGUUUACAAAGAGAUAUAUUUUAUACUUAUUUAUUGUGCAGACACAGCUUACCCAAAUCUACUAGGGACAUUUUUUUAGUUGUAACUAUAUUUCUGUCCUGUAAGUAUACUGCAUGUAAGAAACUAUUAUAGCUCCAACAUAAAGAUUAGAACCAAACACUGAGUGUAAACAUGCAAAUGACUCUAUGUGAAGUCAGCGUGAUUGAACUGUAAACCAGAUGGAUGUGUUGUAUAUGUGGCUUGGACUUGUACAGUAAUAAAGUCCCAUGAGAUAUCAUUUCUUUAAGGACUUUGGUACAGAAAUAAAUCAUGCUUGUUUCAAUGUCA